AUGCGGAAUGCCCAAGCUCAGUCGGAGAGUGUUGAUCACAUCGAACACGACGAGGAUGCUGACCUUGUUCGUCGUGUCUCGGUUCGGUUGUUCUGGGACGAGCUGGCGAAAGUGCUGCAACGAGCUGGCACUGAGUGGGCUGGUCUAGCAGCACAGAUAUGUGCGUUUGGGCCCAAACACGUAGGUCCAAAUUUGCUGCUGGACCCGCAACAGAUUCUGCGGCGCUCGCUCAUGCAGCGUAUUCAGGCGCAGGACAGCAAGAGUCAGCUUGCCGCCGGGAUGCAACACAUAUCUUUGAGCAGUACAGGCGCCGAGGACAGCACACCAAGACUCGAGCGUGAAUGGUGCGAUGCGAUAGAAGCAGGAUUCCAACUUGCGUCUGGAGCUGGUCCACUGUGUGCAGAAUCGAUGCAGGGUGUGGCGUUUUUUGUGCAGAACGUGCGGGUUGAUCAGGAUGCCCUCGGAGAUGCGCGUGCGAAGUCGUCGCAGAUGGCCUCUAUGGUGAUUUCAAGUGUGCGAGAGUCGUGUCGUCAAGGCAUGCUGGAUUGGUCACCGCGUCUGUUGCUUGCUAUGUACUCGUGCGAUAUUCAGGCGGCUCCUGAGGUACAGGGUAAAGUGCACGCGGUGCUCUCGCGGCGGCGCGGUCGAAUUGUGUCGGAAGAAAUCAAAGAAGGCACGUUGUUCUUCACGAUUGGCGCGCUCCUUCCCGUCGUGGAAUCGUUCGGAUUUGCAGAAGAGAUCCGCAAGCGCACGUCCGGUGCGGCAAACCCGCAGCUGUUCUUUGCUGGAUUCCAGCUAUUUGACGAAGACCCCCUAUGGGUGCCACGCACGGAAGAAGAGCUGGAAGAUCUCGGCGAGAAGGGCGACCGUGAGAACAUUGCCAAGCGAUACAUGGAUAUGGUGCGCAAACGCAAAGGUCUCAAGACGGACAAGCGCAUCGUCGCUUCAGCUGAGAAGCAACGCACGCUCAAGUCUAUGUAG